AUGCCGAUCAAUUUUCUCUUUUUUCCUCCGCUCUACUGCCCAGUCGGCAUCUAUCGCUUGCUCAGUGAUUCCCAUGUUCGAUCACCCAUCUACUCGCUCUGUCGUAAGGGUUUGGCCACUGGGCUCAUCACAGCGAGCGUCUACGUCCUUGUUACUUAUCCGAUACAGAAUCGCCUGCUCAGCAUUUACCUCAGCUUGUUCUACAGCACUCCCUCCUCACACCGCUUCUCUACGCUGAUGCUUGUCAGCACCCAAUUCACCGCCAUUCUCCAGUUCUUCAUCAACAAGCGCAUCGCUCAGUCCCGGCGUCUCGCGUACUCCCUCACCAUCCAAUCCCGGGCUAAAGAAAACGCUUUCUGGGGCAAAUAUGUCGAGGAAUUCAAUCUUAACACUCCAGCUGGUCGAUCGCUGCAAAAUGAGGCGCUUAAGCAGGCAAAAACCAGAAAAUCGGGCUGGAGCGGUUUGGUUGAGGGUAGAAAGCGCUCUAAAGCCCUCGCUUUGCUAAUCAAACUCCUCCUCCUCCCCGUCGACGUCAUCCCUCUUGUCGGCAUCGUUAUAGGUGCGACUCUCCGCUCUGUCGCCCUCACCAGACGCCUCCUCAAGCCAUAUUUCGCCGCGAAGAAUAUGUCCAAGUAUCAGCGAGAAGUCUUCAUCCAGCAGCGCUCUUUUGAGUUGAGGUCUUUCGGCUUUGCGGCUGCCUUACUCGAACGCACACCUUUCGUUGGCCUCCUCUUCUCCAUAUCUACACCCAUUGCUGCCGCUAUGAUGGCUGUCGACUUUGAAAAACGCCAAAACUCGCUUCGUUGCGUUCAUGACGCUGAUAAACCUCCUUGGGGGAGUGUACACGUCGGUCACGCUAUACCUCAGAAGAAAACGACAUGA